UUUCUGUUCUUUCCGCCGACAUUGGGGAAACGUGCUGUCUUUCUUUCUUCACCUAAAUAAUAUUAUCUUACAUAAACAACAGUCUUCAUUUAUGCAUUUCACUUCAUCUAGCAUCAUUCAAAGCUAUCUUAAAUUAAUUAAGCCUUUUGAGAUUUGAAAAAAAAUGUCAAAGUUUGGAACUUCAUUAUUGGUGCCUUCUGUCCAAGAGCUUGCAAAGAAGCCCAACUUACAAGUUCCAGAACAAUAUCUUCAUCCAAAUCAAGACUCUCUUGAUGUAUCAAAUACAACUUCUUUGGAACAAGUCCCAAUCAUUGAGCUAAGUAAAUUGUUAUCUGAAGAUGCAACUGAGUUAGAGAAGCUAGACCAUGCAUGUAGAGAAUGGGGUUUCUUCCAGCUGAUUAAUCAUGGAGUCGAUCCCUCCUUAGUGGAAAAUGUGAAGAUAGGCGUUCAAGAGUUCCUAAGUCUUCCGGUGGAUGAUAAGAAGAAAUUUCAACAAACACCAGAAGAUAUGGAAGGGUUUGGUCAAUUGUUUGUUGUAUCUGAGAAUCAAAAGUUAGAAUGGGCAGAUUUAUUUUUCACUACGACUCUUCCGAACUAUGCAAGAAAUCCCCGCUUAUUUCCAAACAUUCCCCAACCAUUAAGAGAUAAUUUAGAAAACUAUUGCUUAGAUCUGAAAAGAGUUUGCAUCGCAAUCAUCAAAUAUAUGGAAAAAGCUCUUAAAGUUGAAUCAAAUGAAAUGCUAGAGAUAUUCGAUGAUAUAACUCAAUCAAUGAGAAUGAAUUACUACCCUCUAUGUCCCCAACCAGAAAAUGUUAUUGGACUGAAUCCUCAUUCUGAUGCAGCGGCCUUAACCAUCCUUCUCCAAGCCAAUGAUAUUGAAGGUCUCCAAAUAAGAAAAGAUGGACAAUGGAUCACUAUUAAACCAUUCACCAACGCUUUUGUCAUAAACGUUGGAGACAUUUUGGAGAUACUAACCAAUGGAAUAUAUCGGAGUAUUGAACAUCGAGCAACAGUUAACUCGAAAAAAGAGAGGAUUUCCAUUGCCGCAUUUCACAGGCCUCAAAUGAGCAAAGUUAUAGGUCCAACACCAACACUAGUUACUCCUGAAAAGCCUGCAUUGUUCAAAACACUUAUUGUAGAAGACUACUACAAAACAUUCUUUUCACGCCAACUGCAGAGAAAAUCAUGCCUCGAUCUUAUGAGAAUCCAAAAUGAGAAUAGUAAGUGAGAAUAAUAGUAUAGCACUAUCCAGGUUAAAAAUAAAUAUGUUCUCAAAAUAAAGAUUACCAUAUGUGGUAGCUAAUAUACAAUAAAUCGACUUUAUUAUAAAUAUAUUCUGGUCUUAUUGGACACUGAGAUUUUUGUGUGUGACAUAUACCAAAUUGGAUCAAUUUAUAGUUUUUUUUUUAAUUUUCUAGAAACAUUGAUUCAUCAAAGCACCAAAUUAGAUAGUGAAAUGUAAAAAAGAAAUAAUCAUGAAAGUUAAAGUAAUAUCAAAAUUUAAACCAGCUUAAAAAGUAAGUCAUAGAGAUGAAAUAUUUAUGUGAAUUUCAGCAUAUCAUUGGUUACUGGUUGAGUACCCAGACAAUAAAGACGAGCAAGGAAUGCACAAUUGACCCCUUUAAAAAGGUAGCCAUCUCAAAUAUGAAAAGAUGCAUGAGGAUUCUUUCCACUACACUUGACCCAUGACUCUUUGAAUUUAGCAUCACUUAAUUUCUCGCUGAAAAGGUUGCUGGUUUCUACUCGUGAGACAACACAACACCUAUUCCCACUCCAUAAGCAUCACAUUUAACUUGGAACACUUUGUCAAAAUCAAAAAGUGCUAAUACUUGGGAGGUAUAUAGUUCAUGAACUUCCCUUUCUUCAGACACUCAGUAAUUAGUGCAGUGGUAGCACUUAAAUCCCUGAUAAACCUCCUAUGGAAGGUGGUCAGACCAAGAAAUCUACAAACUUCAUUCAUUGAUUUAGGUGUAGGUCAAUCCCGCACUCACCUUCUCUUCAUCAACCUAAAUUCCUUUUUCACUGACAACAAAGUCUAAGAAGAGUAAUUUGUUGGUGUUGAAUGUACACUUUUUCAAAUUAAUGUAAAUCUAAUUCUCUUGUAAGACUUGCAAAACUUGCUUCACAUGCUCCAAUGCUCUUUAUUGGUUUUACUAUAAAUAAGAAUAUAAUCUAAAUAAACCAACAAGUAAAUGAACACAAAACAUGAUUCAUCAAUCUCAAGAAGGUGCUAAGGGCGUUUGACAACAAAAAAAAGCAUCACCAACCAUUCAAACCAAAUGUCAAAUCCAUAAUCUUUUAAUCUAUUUAAAAAAUCACAACCACCGCACUAUAAUAAUAAUUUGUGAUUGAAAUGAUUUAUAAAAUAAAUUUUAAUCAUUAUCAAGAAAAAUGUUUUAGAAAUUUUUCCAACAAACACUACAUCUCAUAAGAUUUUUGGAAAGGUCACCUUGACCACUUUUAAGUAACACACUAUACGCUGCUAGAUUGUCUCCUCUUCUAACAAGGCCUUUGACGUCACUGGCUUGGAGAAGAAUGGUUAAUGCAGCAGCAUCAGAAUGAGGAUUCAGUCCAAUAACAUUUUCUGGUUGUGGACAUGGAGGGUAGUAAUUCAUUCUCAUUGUUUGACUUAUAUCAUCAAAUACCUCUAGCAUUUCAUUUGGUUUAACUUUAAGAGCUUUUUCCAUA